AUGAACCGCGGUGGCGAUUUUUGGAAUUUGCAGCCAAAUGCAGGCAGUAAGCGACCGAGUCCCUCCCCAGGCGCCGAUGACCGCGAAAACAAAAAACACCGCACCGAGCCUCAUCUUGAUGCUGCGGAGCGGGUGGCUGUGAACAAUGACUGGCCUCAGGAAUUUGAAGAUACAAUUAUGCUAUCAGAAGAUCUUCCCAGCGAUGACUGGAAUGUUUUCGACUAUUUCAACGGUGAUCUUCCUAGCGAAUCCGACAUUCGGCUUGACAAUGGUUUUGGUAAUCACCUCGAUGGCUCGCUCUCCAUCGAACCUGCUGAUGCGUCAUUUCAUGGGAUGCACGGGGUAGAUCAUGCGCUAGCGAAUGACACUCACAGCUGGACACCACAUAUCAAUCAUCAGGAAUCUACCCUGAGCCUGCAAAUGAGUGAGCAGCUUGACCAAUCACCCCAGGAACUGCCCUUGGGACAUCAUGCGUGGACAAGAAAUCUAGCGUAUCAAGUGGUCGAAGAUCCCCAGUCACUCUCGAACCAGAAAGAUACUGGUGAGGACAAUGUCAGCGACAUGAACCCAGGUGAUCAACCGACAUUCGAGGCCCCGGAACCCAACCAAAUGAUAAUGGACACCUCACCUCAACAACUAUUGAUUGAGCCCACGAAACAAAUAAGUAAUGAUUCGAAUAUUUGUUAUGGUGUUGUCAUAGCCACUCCCACAUCCUCUAUUGAACAGGAGCUCAGACCUUAUUCUGUGCCCGUGAAUUUGAAAUCAUUUGGAAGUAUCUUCUUACUUCAUGAUCCAAGCUCUGAUCGGAAUGCUGGUAUUUUGAACAACUCGCACCUGAUAAAUAUACUUCGACAAUUUUCCCUUGAACUCGAUGCCACGCUCUUGGUCUCGGGGACCAAGGAAUCAAAAGCGAUGAGCAAGCCCGCAACGAAGAAGAGCGUUUUAGCUCGUCUUAUCCCAGAGCACAGCUUACGUAUCGCGAUUUACGGCCCGCGCGGCGACAAAGACAAAAUUGGCGGUCUGCUUUCGGAUGCGGGCUUCUUUCUUCAACAUCCAUUUGCUGACGAAAUUAAACCUGGUAUCAUAUAUGACAAUCCCCACUACCUCUGCCGCCCUGGCGCCGGAAUGCCAGAACUCAAGUAUCUAAGCCCCGAUGACAUGGGUGAUGAUUCUCCCCACAACAUGCUAGGCGACGGACUGGGCGAGAGUCGUUGGCUGCGAAUGUUCGACAACGCAGCUGCAGACGAAAGUGCAGCAACAGUGGUUCGCGCACACAUAAGUCCGCGACUUUGCUCGCCGCUAAUGAGCCAUCAAACCACCGCGCUAACGAUGAUGCAAGAGAAGGAGCGUGGUUAUGUUGAAGAGCCAAUAUUUUCCCCACUCUGGAAACAGAUGCUCCAAUCCCUAAGCUUGACUAUCAGGUAUCGUCACACAGUCACAAGAUCGUUGGAGAACAGACCCGCGCCACCCAUGGGAGGAAUCCUUGCCGACGAUAUGGGCCUUGGCAAGACGCUUAGCAUGCUGGCGCUAAUAUGCUCAUCUUUGGACUAUGAGGAAACAUUAGUACAUGGAAAUCAGAAUUCAAGAUAUCAAGGCACGCUCAUCGUUGCCCCAAUGUCGACCUUGUACGGCUGGGAGACCCAGAUAUCAGAGCACAUCCAUGAGGGGCAGAUGCGAAGAGUCAUAUACCAUGGGCCAGGUAGAGAAAGCCUUGCCAAUCGUUUUGAGGACUAUGACGUUGUCAUCACAACCUAUGAGACGCUUCGAGCCGAAUGCGGAUCGCCGGAAAAGAGCAGUCCUCUGCUAUCCUGGAAAUGGCUCCGGGUCGUACUAGAUGAAGCCCACCACAUCCGAAAUCGUGCAAAGCAGGCUUUUCGGUCUGUCUGUGCUCUCAAUUGUCGAUAUCGUUGGUGCUUGACCGGAACACCAAUCCACAACAGUCUCGAUGACUAUGGCGCCUUGCUCAGUUUCAUACGGGUUUCCCCCUUUGAGCAAAAAGCCAAAUUCAUGUCCUGGAUUGUCAAGCCCUUGGAGACAAAUGACGAAAUAAGCAUUGAUCGUUUACAGCGGCUCAUUCGAACAACAUGUCUGCGGAGAACCAAGCAGAAAUGCUUGUCUCAUAAUGACUUGAGCCUACCUGAGCGCUCAGAAAUAGUGCACAAGGUCCGUCUACACGAAGCUGAUCAGGCUCUGUACAAUGACUUCAAGGAACUCGCCAAAGAGAGGGCCGCUGGUUUGGGUAAGCAGUCGCGAGAAACCACGUCCCGGAAGAACAAGGAAGAGAAUAUUCUAUCUCUUAUCAACUGGCUACGACUCAUUUGCGAUCAUGGGGCGCAACUUUUACCUGAUGAAGUUGUCAAGAUGAAAUCCAAAAACUCUGCGUCCUCCUUCUCCAUACUGGAGGCACAUCGAUUUCAUGGCGGAAAAUGUUCCAGCUGUGAGGGUGAACUUGAUAUCAUCUCAGGCUCGGAUUCGGAUGGACUAGAUUCUCUAUGCAGCAAUUGUCUAAACUCGGAAGGGUCAAAUGGAUACGAUACCUUUUCUAACACAGCAGACAAGGACGGAAGCUCUAGUCCGUCCAAAGCUCGAUAUCAGCCAUCCGCCAAGGUUGUAGCAUUGUUGGAAACCCUCAAGCAGCAGACAGUAACAGGAACGAACGGCAAACCACAAAAAAGCGUAGUAUUCAGUUACUGGACCAAGAUGCUGGACCUCGUAGGGUUGGCACUCGAGAAGGAGCAGCUCGCAUUCCAGCGCAUCGACGGUAAAACCAGUCUCCGAGGACGGCAAAAUGCCAUGCAAGAAUUCAAGGACAAUCCGAAUUGCAGAGUAAUGCUAGCCAGUCUAGGAAGUGCUGCCGAAGGAGUCAAUUUUACAGCCGCCAGUAUGGUGCACUUGCUCGAGCCGCAUUGGAAUCCGACGGUAGAAGCGCAAGCCGUCGACCGAGUGUAUCGCAUCGGGCAGACGCAGAAAGUCACAGUCAUUCGAUACAUCGUUCCGAAUUCCGUAGAGACUUAUGUCCAGAGCGUGCAGCAGCAAAAGUUGAGAAUCAUCGAUAAAUCUAUCAACAUGGACGACGCAACAGAGGCUCGUGAAGUAGAGAAAAGGUGGGAGAGCAUGAGACAGAUGUUAGAAUGA